UGCGCUGCUCCAGGUACUCGCCGCACUUCCGUGGCACAAUGGAAGAAUUCCGGUUAAAAUCUGCCUGUAGCCGGCUACUUUUCCUCUGGAAUCUUUGGCCUGGCGCCACUUGGGUGAGAUGAGUGGGUGAGAUGGUUUCUCUGCCUGGCGGAGGUUGCCCAGAAAAAUCUCAGGCGGAGAAAAACUAAUCCACGGCUGCUGGAAGCUUCUAAAUCCUCCUCUUCCUGCCGUGUCUUAGCACAGUUCGCCUUCCUCGUUUCUGGGUUUGUUUAUAUAGGAUCUGGUAGCUGCUAGGAAUUGCCCUCCCCCUCCAGGCGGCCCGCCUUCCUCUCCCGGGCUCAGGGCUCCCGCACGUGGUGGACUCCAGCAUCGCCCGGGUGUAAGACUGGCGACAGAGAGCAAGGAGCCGGCGGCUGCUGCAUCGCUGCCUUUUGCUCGCCUUCCUAGGCUCCCUCAGCCACCUCCAAGAACAGCUGAGAUUUGGUUUCACCACCCUCCACCUCUUUCCCAGGAGGGGAAAUUGAAAAUAUUCUCUUCCCCAGUGCUCGUGAUAUUCCUCUGGGUUCGUUCAAAUUGCUGAAAAAAAAAGAAAGAAAGAAGAAAGAAAAGAAAGAAUGGUAACAUGAACAGCUGAGCGUGAGCGCGUCACCAGAGGAAGAGGGAGAGAUUGAUGGGCAGAGCGCUUCCUUCACGCAGGAUCGGAUUCUGUGGGCUGCGCGAGCAGAAGCGCUGGGGCGCCUCCACCUCCAGUCGCGCUCCCUUGACAUCUGGAACCUGCUGCUCAGCGCGGCUCUGGGUCGUGGCCACUGCGUACCGAGGGCUGCACAGACAGCACGCUUGCAUCCAGGAGUUUGUGAACGUCUUUCCAAACAGGAGUUUUGCCCUGAUCCCAAGGAGUCCGCCAGCACGCUGGCUCCGGAGAGAGUUGAACUUGAGUUCAGAUGCCCAACUCCCUCUGAAUUGUGCAGAUUGGUGCUGAGCACGCCACAAAAGUUUUUAGCCUCUUCUCAGUUUGUGGUGCUUCCCAGGGUCAAGAAAAGGACUUUCGCAUUAAACACAAGGAACAAUCAAGGGACAAACUCCUUUAACUUUUCUUCUCUGCUAUCAUUGGCAAUGAAGAGGAAACAGAAGAGAUUUCUCCAGAUGACUUUAUUAUUCAUGGUGGCUUUAAUUUUCCUGCCCAAUAUUGGUCUCUGGUCUCUGUACAAGGAUAAGCACCUGAUAAAAUCUACAGAGCCCGGGGAGCAGCAGACACUUCCACUGGGCCUUGGAGAUGGGCAAUUCUAUGCCUGGACAGAUGGUUUGAGAAGAAAGGACUGGCAUGACUAUGAAAGCAUUCAGAAAGAGGCUAUGCGCUCAGGGAAAGGUGAACAUGGGAAACCUUACCCACUCACUGAAGAGGACCAUGAUGACUCAGCUUACAGGGAAAAUGGUUUCAAUAUUUUUGUCAGCAACAAUAUUGCUCUGGAGAGGUCCCUGCCAGAUAUUCGCCAUGCUAACUGUAAGCACAAGAUGUACCUGGAAAGGCUGCCAAACACCAGCAUCAUUAUCCCAUUUCAUAAUGAAGGUUGGACUUCACUCCUGCGGACCAUACACAGUAUAAUCAACCGGACCCCAGAGAGUCUGAUUGCAGAAAUCAUUCUAGUAGAUGACUUCAGUGAUCGAGAGCACUUAAAGGAUAAAUUGGAAGAAUACAUGGCCCGGUUUUCCAAAGUCAGGAUUGUCCGCACCAAGAAAAGAGAAGGACUUAUCAGGACACGGCUCCUGGGGGCAUCUAUGGCAAGAGGAGAAGUCCUGACCUUCUUAGACUCACACUGUGAGGUCAAUGUGAACUGGCUGCCCCCACUGCUUAACCAGAUUGCACUAAACCACAAAACCAUCGUGUGUCCCAUGAUCGAUGUCAUUGACCACAACCACUUUGGGUACGAGGCCCAAGCUGGGGAUGCCAUGCGAGGUGCCUUCGACUGGGAGAUGUACUACAAACGAAUCCCCAUCCCUCCAGAGCUCCAGAGAGCAGACCCCAGCGAACCUUUUGAGUCUCCUGUUAUGGCUGGAGGUCUCUUUGCCGUGGAUCGAAAGUGGUUUUGGGAGCUGGGUGGCUAUGAUCCAGGUUUAGAAAUAUGGGGAGGAGAACAGUAUGAGAUCUCCUUUAAGGUUUGGAUGUGUGGUGGAGAAAUGUUUGACGUUCCAUGUUCUAGAGUGGGUCAUAUCUACAGGAAGUAUGUCCCUUAUAAAGUUCCAUCGGGGACCAGCCUGGCAAGAAAUCUGAAGCGGGUAGCAGAGACCUGGAUGGAUGAAUUUGCCGAGUACAUUUACCAGCGGCGCCCAGAAUACAGGCACCUCUCUACUGGGGACAUCUCCGCACAGAAGGAGUUGCGCAAACAGCUCAAGUGCAAGGACUUCAAAUGGUUCAUGGCUGUGGUUGCCUGGGACGUGCCUAAGUACUACCCUCCAGUGGAGCCCCUGCCAGCUGCCUGGGGGGAGAUUCGAAAUGUGGCAGCCAAUCUCUGUGUAGACAGCAAGCAUGGGGCCACCGGAACUGAGCUGAGACUAGACAUUUGUGUCAAAGAUGGUUCUGAAAGGACAUGGUCUCAUGAACAGCUCUUUACAUUUGGAUGGAGAGAAGAUAUUCGACCCGGUGAGCCACUGCACACCCGAAAGUUCUGCUUCGAUGCGAUCUCACACAGCAGCCCCGUCACUCUCUAUGACUGUCACGGCAUGAAAGGGAACCAGCUCUGGGGAUAUCGGAAGGACAAAACAUUAUUCCAUACUGUGAGCAAUAGCUGCAUGGAUUGCAACCCUGCAGAGAAGAGGAUUUUCAUGGCCAGAUGUGAUCCUCUCUCUGAGACUCAGCAGUGGAUUUUUGAACAUAUUAAUAUGACUAUUUUAGAAAAUGUUAACCACCAUGCCAGCUCCUAGAAAGAAGAAAGCACGAUGGUAUGAUUACCUACAGAUGAUAAACGGUAUUUUAGCCAGCAUCCGGGUCGAAGGAGUCAGGAAUAACAUAUCUCAGAUCCAGGAAGCCUGGUUUAAAGAUUUGUAAAUGCCAUGUCAACAAAGGUUGUCCUGAAGAACGCACUGCAUCUGAAGAACUUGGCUGAGAACCUCACCAGCUGCUACUGAGAACUUGAGACUAGCAGUUCCCUUGCUGGCCAAGGGCAAAGAUUACCUAGGGACUUUUCCAAACAACUGCUGAGUGAAUAAAUACUAGAAUUUCUCAGGUCAAAUCCUGCAGUAGUGAGUAGCUAUGAAUGGAUCCUAUUAACUGGGUGGGAGGGGGGGUCGACAGAGAGCGCAUGUCUGCUCUGAUAACUGAGGAUAGUGCAGGUUUAGAACUAGUCACACUUAUGGGGAGAGCUGUACUCUUUGGUGCCAUUCUCUAAGAAUGGGUUAAGCAGGUUUAACCCUUAAAAGUGCUGCAGAAGAUUUUAGAGUGCUCAUGACAUUCUGUCUCUUUGUUUCUUUUUUUAAAUUAGGGUGCACUAUCUAAUGUAACAUAGAUUACAUAAUGAAAUGGACUUCCAGUGUUCCCAUUCUUUUCUUCAAAUUUGCUAUUUUCCUUUGAGAGCAGAGAUAACUUAUUGUUCAUAAAAGUCCAUGCUCCCUACGUCAGCUGAAGUUCUAUUCAGUGCCCUUGUAUGAAUCCAGUUAAAAACAACAGCUAUGCUACCAAGUUACUCCAAAGAGAAAGGUUUUACAGGAACAGCCAAAUCAUGUAAGAUUUAGGAGAGGGAUUUCCCUAGGAAAUCUAUUUUUACUUUUUUAUUAUUUUUAAAUUUUUAAAAGUCUGGUGUUUCUCCAGUUGUUAUUUUUAUCAAGGAAGUGGAGUGAAGUUGAAGCAAUUUGUCAAGGAGGUUCAUGAAUCCAAAUAAAUCAACACUCCAGUGGCAUCUGAAAAUGACUUAGCCUGCUUCCUUUUCUUUGAUCAUUGUUGGGGACAUGGAAGUGGCUUUAUUUGUUUGGUUUUUGAUUUCUUUAAUUCUAUAGUGUUGGUAUUAAUGAUACUACGGUCUUACUUGGAAGCUCAAAGAAGGAACUUUCAUUAAUAAAGUUCUUUACAUCAUUUUCUGUUAAUGAGACAAUAUUUCAAGGGUAAAGAAAGGCAUGAGGAAAAACUUAAUGGAACAUUUCAUCCACAAAAGAACUUUUUAAAAAAAUUUUCAAUAGUAGUGGUUGUAGAGGGAAGAACAUACUAGGAUCAAGAUGACUCUCUCCAAGAAAGAAUGAGAUUUAUUAUACUGUCUUUGAAAUCUGUUUAAUUGUUUGGUGCCAGCACUCAAACCCAGGAUCUCAUACUUAUGAGGUGUGUGCUCUACCACUGUGCUACAUACCUGACCAUUUCACCAGGCAGAAAAAGUUUCUAUUUUGCUUUUGUGGUUUUAUUUAAACAUGGUUUUUCUAUUAAUAAAAAAAUGUAUAUGUCAUUGAAUUCUACUAUUGGAGAAGACUCUUAGAAUCCAAGCUCUUUGUUUUUAUAGAUUAAGAACAAAAGCCCAAGAAAAGCAGGGUGGUGGACCUCCCGACCCCUUCUUCUGUUCAAUAUUGCUUUACUUCUUACCUAAGGUGGUUCUGACUAUUCCACUGAUUUAAUUCAAAAUUGUCUGUCACUAGUUGAGAAUACUAUGCCUUCUUGAGAGUGCCUACAAGAGUGACAUUCAUGUUCAGAAGCUUUAACAUGUGAAAGCUCAUCUUGUAAAUGUAUUCAAUGCUGUUCUUUCCUUGAAACCUAAUCAAAAUAUUCUGUUAAACUGUCCUGCUAAUUGUCGGGGAAGAGUUACCUCAUUAUCUUUACUGAUUUUUCAAGCAUUCUUUUGAAGAGCUAUUCUUUUUUAACAGACCAUCUCAGAGAUUUUUUUUUUUUUAUGCAGGUCAAGAGAUCUUGACACAUUCAAGAUGCAUAGUGGAGAAAAUCAAUAGUGAAAAAUUAACCUGUGUGUUGAACAAUUCCAGAGAGUGAGUGAAGAUUUAUCUCAAGUUGUUCAGAGAGCAAUCUGGUUGUAGAGUUAGAUGAGCCAAUAAAAACUCACAUUAUGUCAUUCAACAGUUGACUGCCAUUUGCAGUUCCACCAAAGAGCCAAC